GGCUCUUGCCUGGUUCCACAGUGGAUUAUUGUAGUGCUGUUUCUGUGCUCUUCAUCGUCGAGUUUGUGCUGGAUUUCCCUUAUCUUAGGAGGAUUGGAGCAGUGGCUUGCUCGCCAGACUGCCUAGCUUCACCUGGCCCAGCAUGCCGGCUCUCCGGGGAAAGCGAGGCUGGUGCGGCUGUUUACAGGACGAUGAGCCGCCUGAGAUCACCUACUGUGUGGUGGACCAAACAGGGACACUUUCCCUGCAUCCACUCACACCGACCCAGCCUAUGCCCCCUGAGGAGGAGCUGGAAGCCAAAUUUGCUGAACUUGUCGAAGAAUUGGACCUCACCGCCCCCAACAGGGCUGCUAUGAUGGGACUCUCCAGGGAGAAGAAGUGGCAGAUCUAUUGUGGCCAAAAGAAGGAUUUGACAGGAACUAGUGAUUUAUCUCAGCUACCUGAGAACUACAUUGAAAGUAUGAAGAGUCUUCCAAUGGUCUGUUCGUCAGGUGAAGGUUUAGAAGAGGCCGAGAUAAGUUCUAGGACAAGAACAUUAGACGCUGUGAAAACUGCCCUUAGGACUGAGCCUCAUUCCUUCGUCCAAGGAUUUCUCGAAGGAGAUGGCCUGUCGGCACUUCUGACCCUUCUACAAGCAAUGGACUACCAUACUGCUCAAAGCUCUAUCCAUACAUCUUUAAUAGGAUGUAUCAAAGCCCUUAUGAAUAACUCUACUGGAAGGGCACAUGUACUGGCUCAUGCCAAUGCAAUAAAUAUAAUAGCCCAGAGCCUUGGAUCAGAAAACAUCAAAACUAAGACAGCGGCUCUGGAAAUUUUGGGGGCAGUAUGUUUGGUUCCAGGGGGUCACAAAAAAGUUUUAGAUGCAAUGACACAUUACCAGGCCUAUUCUUGUGAGAGAUCCCGCUUUCAGGGAAUUGUUAAUGAUUUAGACAAAUCGACAGGAGUUUACAAAGAUGAUGUUGCUCUAAAAACUGCACUUAUGUCAUUCGUUAAUGCUGUUUUAUCGUAUGGUCCUGGGCAAGAAUCUCUCGAAUUCAGGCUUCACUUGAGAUAUGAAUUUCUCAUGCUUGGAAUUCAGCAUGUUAUCAAUAAACUUAGAAAACAUGAAAACCAAACUCUUGAUAGGCAUUUAGACUUUUUUGAAAUGAUAAGAAAUGAAGAUGAGAAAGAACUCGCAAGAAAGUUUGAAAAGGAGCAAGUUGAUAUUUCAAGUGCAUCGUCUAUGUUUGAUGUGUUACGAAGGAAGUUGAGUCAUACAAAUGCAUAUCCACAUUUAAUAUCUCUUCUGCAACACCUACUUCUUCUACCCCUUGACUAUGGUGCUCUGCCUCAGCACUGGCUUUUAUUUGACAGAUUAGUACAACAGAUUGUAACUCAAAGUGAAUCAGGAAGUAAUCACGAUAUUACUGCUAUUGAUAUCAAUGUUAAGGAAAUAGUGCAUUUGUUGGCCAAAGAAGAAGAGCUAGUUGCAGCUAGAAAUAAGGCCGAUGAAUUGGAAAAAGAAAAUACUGAAAUGGCCACAAAGCUAGCUAAAAAAGAACAAGAACUAGAUUUGAGGACUCAGGAAAAGGAGGAUUUGGAAGCAUCAGUUCAGCGAGUCAAAGAGAGGCUUGAGAAGGAAACAGCAGGACAUCUUGAAGCUAGACAAAAGCUCGGUGCUAUUGAAGACAAACUGCUUGAAGUAGAAGAUAAGCUGCAAAUCGAAAUGCGUGAGAGAAGGAAACUGGAAGCGUUGCUUAGUGAAGGCUGCAUUCCUGAUGAUGCGAAAGCUGAAGGACUGAACAUGGUGAACGGCCAUGAGCCUCGACUAAGCGCACCACCUCCAGCUCCUGCUCCACCACCUCCUCCUCCAGGUCCAGCACCACCCCCACCGCCUCCAAGCGCAGUCCCGCUUGCACCCCCUGCCCCGCAGCGCCCGGUGAAGACUGUUCCUCAGCCUUCGAAUCCCCUAAAAUCUUUCAACUGGAGCAAGUUACCUGAUACAAAGUUGACGGGAACUGUUUGGUCCGAAUUAGAUGAUACCAAAUUGUAUAGUACCAUUGGCUUAGAUGCUAUCGACAGACUGUUUUGUGCAUAUCAGAAGAAUGGUGUUGCUAAUGAUGGCUCAAUAGAAGAUUUAAGACAAUUGGGUAAAAAUAAAACCAAAAUCCUUUCAGUUAUUGAUGGAAGGCGAGCUCAAAACUGUACUAUUUUACUUUCAAAAUUGAAAUUGUCAGAUGAAGAAAUCACUAAAGUUAUUAUGAGUAUGGAUUCAAGGGACGAAGUUCCUCCAGAUAUGGUCGAGCAACUUUUAAAAUUCACCCCCAGCUCUGAGGAAGCAGCUCUUUUGGAAGAACAUUCAGAUGAGAUUGAUUCUCUUGCCCGAGCAGACCGGUUCCUUUACGAAAUUUCAAAGAUCCCUCAUUAUGAGCAGCGAUUGAGAUGUUUGCACUUUAAGAAAAGGUUUGCCGUCUGGACGGGUGAAGUCGAGCCAAGAAUAAAAGCUGUGAUGGAAGCAUCUCGAGAAACUUCUCGAUCGAGACGGUUGAGGAAAGUUCUGGAACUAGUCUUAGCCCUCGGUAACUACAUGAAUAGGGGAGCGAGAGGGAAUGCUUCAGGAUUCAGACUGGGUUCUCUUAAUAGGCUUGCCGAUACAAAGUCUUCUCAAGCUAAAGGCACUACACUACUGCACUACCUUGUUGAAGUUCUACAGAAUAAGUUCAAGGAUGCUCUCAAACUAGAAGAGGACAUGCCUCAUGUAAGAGAAGCAGCUAAAGUGAGUUUGGGAGAAUUGGAAAAGGAUAUGGCUCAGCUAAAGGCUAAUUUAAGAGAAGCUGAGAGAGAACUGGAAUUCCAAAGAACUCAACCAGUUAUUGCUGGCGACAGAUUUCUUCCAGUUAUGAAGGAAUUUGUUGCAGUGGCUACUUGCAGGCUCACAGAACUCGAAGAUAUGUUUCAUGAUAUGAAAACAAGGUUCGAUCGAGCUGUGCGGUUGUUCGGAGAAGAUAAUAGUUCUGUACAACCUGAUGAAUUUUUCGGUGUUUUUGAUACAUUCUUAAUUGCUUUUGGCGAAGCUAAAGCUGACAACGAAAACAACAGGAAAAGAAGAGAAGAAGAAGAAAAAAGAGCUCGGCAAGAAGCAGAGAUGAAGAAACGAACAAUGGAAAGGAAGAACUCUCGCACCAUUGAAAAGAAUGGAAUAGUAGGUAGCCCAGGGUUGAAGAAUGGACUCCAGAACGGAGGUGGAGCGAAGGGUGAAUUUGACGAUCUCAUCUCGGCACUAAGAACAGGGGAUGUAUUCGGGGAAGACAAAAUCAAACGGGGUAGGAGAUCAAGACUGAAUGCCUCACCACCGAGGCGUAAUAGCCUCAACAGGGAGGACUCUAGGGAGAGGGUUAUCCAAAGGAUACAAUAGAGGCAUGGGCUCGAUAUCUAGCCACAAUCUGGGUUAUUGCUCGUUUAUAUGUCCUGUAUACAUUUUGUGUAUUCCUCUAAUAAUUGUAAAUUAUGUAUUAACAAAGCUUGUUAAUAGUAUGUUGGAAUAUUAUUUGAUUACCUUUAUGUUGCCAUAAAGUUUAGUAAAGUUAUCGUUAAUGACUGUUUUAAGCUUUAUUUUGAAUAUAUAAUUUCAAUCUAUAUUUAGAUUUGGCAUCAGAUUUAUAACUUAUGACAAAUAUCUUAAUGAUGUGAGUUGUGCUUUUUAAAAAGAUUAUUUUAUUUUAUCAUUCAUAUUUGCAAUUAUUUAAAAACAUCUCGGAUACAAAAAUUAAAUGCUCACUAAGACAAAUGUCAAGUACCUGAUUUUUACUCUUCAGUUAAUCACAAUCCCUUAGUAAAAUAUUAACAAUAGUAUCUUAAAAAAACAACACAACUAUAUACAUAUAUCUUCUGUAUAGGUAAGAGUAAAUUUAUAGCUGAGAAAAAAUAAAGAAAAUUCAGUUUAUUUUCCUUGAAAAUUAUCAAAUUAGCAUUAAAAAAUUAAUAUGAUAUUAAUUAAAUAGUUUUUAACUGAUGCCAUUAAUAAAUUAUAUAUGGAUUUGUUCUGUAACUUUAUUGGAACUAUCAGUGUUUAUAAAUAUUAGAAAUUUUGUGUCCUAGUUUUCAAAAGAUUCACUUACUCAUAUCAAAGGCAAAUCAUUCCAAUUUAUAAAUUGUAUUUGAUUGUAUUAAUAUAUUUUUUUAUUGUUUCUUAGUGAAAUAAAUCUUUAUCUGGUGUAAAUAUUUGAUGAUUUAAAAACAAUCAAUUGCUAGUCUGUGCCAGAUCAUACACCAUUAUGUAUUCAUCAUGAUAAUCAUAGUAUUUUGAUAUAAAUUAAUUUUGAUAUUUAUAUUUUUUUUUAAACUAUGUUUUGUUCUAGGAUUCAAAAUUUCUUCUGGUCUAUGAAAUAAUGUUUUUUUUUAUUAAAAGAAAAUAUGUUAUUCAUUUUUUGUAUAUUUUGUAUCAUUACCUUAUUACCAAAGAAUGUGCUAUGUUGUUACUGAUUUUCUUUAUUGGGUCAGUAUAUUGUGAUUAUAAUUUAAAAUUGAGAAAAAAAAAAAUUCUCUGACUCGAGAGGGAGAAGAGGAAAGGGGUUCCAAUUUUUGUACCGUUUAGAAAACUUGCACAACAUGUUAAACCAUUCACACAACUGCCAUUUUAAAUUGUUGCUGCAUUUAAUGUUGACUUUGAAGUUAUGUAGUCCAAUGUUUAGCAUCUUUUUGAAUGUUGAUAAUUUUUAUCAGAUUAUACUACAGUUAGAUUUUAUAUGAGUGAAUUAUAUAUUUACAAUACAAUGCAGUACUAAUGUCAUUUUAAUUUUAGUUUUUAUUGGAAACUUAUUUAUGUCCUAUAUUCCUCUAAAUAUAACUGUUAUUUAAAUUUUAAUAUAUUAUUUAUUGUCAUUUUAGUUUAAACAGUUGUAUUGUUUUAUUAAAAUUAUAUUGCAAUUUCAGUUACUGAAAUGAUGCUUCUUUACCACCAUUUUUAUAAUUGUUUGGUUGUCAUUUGUUAGGUCAUAAUAUUAUUAAUUAAAAAUAAAAUAACCGUAAAUAUGUUACAGUAAAGCAAUUUAUUAAUUUACAGUGGAUUGUUUAUAUUUUGAACAGGUAAGCUAUAUAAUCUUAAUAAACUCCUUAAAAUAAUAUAAAUAAUUUUAUAGUGGAUCAAAAUUGACCAAGUGUGUGACUUUGAAAUAAAUUUAGAAAUAAGUUUCAAAAUUAGUUGUAAUGUGAUUCGAUGUAAUGUUUAUCCGUAGUAUCACAACUUCUUUUAUUUCUGACACUAAGUUAUGUAUUUUUACUGAGAGCGAAAAUUGCAAUGAUUAAAUAAAUAUAUCAUGAUUACCUUUUAUCGACAGAAAUUUCUAUAAAAUUGAUUUUAAUAAUUUCUUAUCUUCUAGUCUGAAAAUUAGUGGAUUUUUUCUUCUUUUCUUUUUCUCUCAGGAAGUAAAAUAUAAUUAAAUAAAUGUAAUUUAAUAUAUGAGAUGUAGAUUUGUUGUUUGAUAUUGUUGACUGAAUGUGCCCAACUGCUUUAUUUAUCAGUUUUUUCUUUAUUUUUUUAAAAUAAAUCGAAUUUAUGUUGCAGACUUUUGAAAUCAUUAUAUUUUCAUGAUAUAAUAUUUAAAUGUAAAUAAGUUUGUUACAUUUCAUAUUUUUAAAAGAAUAAUUUAUAAAAUUAUAUGCCUAAUGUUAAACGCUGAGACUAAGAUGGUUUAUUUUAGUGUAUUCCUGGAAUGUUUUGUUAUAAAAUUAUAUAUGAUGGCAUUAUUUGGCAUUUUAAAGAAUAAUAAAAAAAAAAGUGCUUUCUUAAUGUUCCUUCGAAAAAGUUAUGUUUAGAAUUUUUUGAAUUUUUGGAAAAAUUCAUGUAUGACAGCAUUUAUAUACCUUGUUGAAAGUAUAACUAUUUUAGAAUUGAGAAUGAUUGAUGGUAAGAAAACUCUGUGCUAUAUAGACUACUAAUAAUUAGUAAGUAUUCUUAUUAACAUUUUUUAUGCGAUUGAAAUGAUGGUUGAUCAUUUUUGACUGAGAUAAAUGUUAAAACUUUUUACAUUUUUUACAUCAAAACCCCUAUCACUAUCAAUUCAAUUAUGUGUAUUUUAUUAUUUUUAUUUUGUAUUUUUGUACAUAUCCUGUUUUGUAGUGAAAUAUGUAAUUGUUAUAGAUUAGUAAAAAAUAUAUACCUGUACAUGAAAUAAAAUAAAUGUAUGUUUUCAUUUAUUAUUUUUUCAUGUUUU